GAAGCGGCGCGCCGAGGGCGGAGGGAAGAUGGCGGCGGCCGCGGCGGCCCCCGAGGACGAGCUGGUCUCGUCGGUGACGCUUUACCGGCGGCGGCCGCGGCUGCUCCGCGGCACCGUGCUGCCCUUCGCCGCCGGCCUCUACCCGGCCUGGCUGUGGCUGUGGGGGCCGCGGCUGUGGGCGGCGGGCGAGGCGGCGGGGCCGCCCGAGGCGGCGCUGUUGGCGCUCGGCGCCAUCGCGGCGCUGCAGCUGCUCACGGCGCUGGCCGGGCUCUGGUCCGUGCACGCCGAGUGCGCCCUCAGCUGCGUCAGGGUGAGCUCGGGAAGGGCACCGGGGCGCUGCGGGUCGGGGGGUUUGGGAAAAUCCAAUGAAUUCGGUGAGGACGGGCAGGAAGCGCUGAGCUUCGAAUUCCAGAAGAUCAAAUAUUCCUACGAAAUCCAUGGAAAAAAACAAUUCCUGCCCGUGGCAUUCCCUGUGGAGCAUCCCUUGGGAUUCUACCAGAAUUCCAGAGGCUUCCAGGAGGAGCAGGAAAUCCGGGAGGCCGAGAGGAAAUACGGGAAUAACAAGGCAGAAAUGGUGGUGCCAGAAUUCCUGGAGCUGUUCAAGGAAAGAGCCACGGCUCCGUUCUUCGUUUUCCAGGUGUUCUGCGUGGGGCUGUGGUGCCUGGACGAGUUCUGGUACUACAGCGUCUUCACCCUGUCCAUGCUCGUGGCCUUCGAGGCCUCGCUGGUGCAGCAGCAGCUCCGCAACCUCUCGGAGAUCCGCAGGAUGGGCAACCGGCCCUACAUGAUCCAGGUCUACAGGAACCGGAAGUGGCGCCCAAUUUCCAGCGACGAGAUCAUAGCAGGGGACAUCGUCUCCAUCGGCCGCUCCCCCCAGGAGAAUUUGGUGCCCUGUGACCUCCUCCUGCUGCGGGGCCGCUGCGUGGUGGACGAGGCCAUGCUGACGGGAGAGUCCGUGCCGCAGAUGAAGUUCCCACCCUGGAAAUUGGAUGUCCUGGGGGAUUCCUUGGGAUUUCCUGGGAAUUCCCUGGGAUUUUUUCCCUCCCCAGCUGUGGAUAACGGGUGCCUGGCCUACGCCCUCCGCACUGGCUUCAACACAUCCCAGGGAAAGCUGCUCCGGACGAUCCUGUUUGGGGUGAAGAGGGUCACGGCCAAUAACCUGGAGACCUUCAUCUUCAUCCUCUUCCUCCUCGUCUUCGCCAUCGCCGCCGCCGCCUACGUCUGGAUCCAGGGCACCAAGGACCCCCGGCGGAACCAGUACCGGCUGUUCCUGGAGUGUGCCCUGAUCCUGACGUCCGUGGUGCCCCCCGAGCUGCCCAUCGAGCUCUCCCUGGCCGUCAACACCUCCCUGAUCGCCCUGGCCAAGCUCUACGUUUACUGCACGGAGCCGUUCCGGAUCCCGUUUGCAGGGAAGGUCCAGGUUUGCUGCUUUGACAAAACCGGGACCUUGACCAGCGACCACCUCGUGGUGCGAGGGGUGGCCGGGCUCAGGGAAGGCAAGGAGGUGCUGCCGGUGUCGGAAAUCCCUCUGGAAACUCACCGUGCCAUCGCCUGCUGCCACUCCCUGGUGCAGCUGGAGGACGGGAGCAUCGUGGGCGACCCUCUGGAAAAAGCCAUGCUGACAGCCGUGGACUGGACCCUGACCAGAGAUGAGAAAGUUUUCCCGAGGAGUCUAAAAACUCCGGGAAUGAGAAUUCACCAGCGCUUUCAUUUCUCCAGUGCCCUGAAGAGGAUGGCGGUGCUGGCUUCCCUGGAAAACGCCUCCGGAGAAAUCCGAUACCUGGCGGCCGUCAAGGGCGCUCCCGAGACCCUGCACGCCAUGCUGUCCCAAUGUCCCAGCAACUACCACGAGAUCCAUCGGGAAUUCUCCCACGAGGGCGCGCGGGUCCUGGCCCUGGGCUACAAAGAGCUGGGAGCCCUGAGCCACCAGCAGGUGCGGGAGAUGAAGAGGGAAUCCCUGGAAUGUGACCUGAGAUUUGUGGGAUUCAUCCUGGUCUCCUCCCCCCUCAAAGCCGACUCCAAGGCCGUGAUCCGGGAGAUCCAGAGCGCUUCCCACCACGUGGUGAUGAUCACGGGGGACAGCCCGCUGACCGCCUGCCACGUGGCGCGGGAGCUGCACUUCCUGCAGAAGGACAGGAUCCUGAUCCUGCAGCCGCCGGAGCGCCCCGGGCUGCCCUGGCAGUGGCGCUCCCGGGACGGGUCCGUGGCUCUUCCGGCAUUCCCGGAUUCCCUGCGGGAUCUGACGGAUCCCUUCGAGCUGUGCCUGACCGGGGAGGGGCUGGAGCAGCUCCGGCUGCGGGAUCGGGAUCGGCUGCUCCGCCUCAUCCCCCACAUCCGCGUCUUCGCCAGGGUGGCGCCCAAGCAGAAGGAAUUCGUGAUCACGGCGCUGAAGAGCCUCGGCUACUGCACCCUGAUGUGCGGGGACGGCACCAACGACGUGGGAGCGCUCAAACACGCCGACGUGGGCGUGGCCCUGCUGGCCAACGCUCCGGAGCGCGUUCCCGAGCGGAAGCGACGGCCCCGGGACGGCUUCGGGGACAGCAGGCCCGGAAUUCCGGCCGGGAAUGUCAAACCCUCAUCCCGAGGAGCCAAGCAGCGCCUCCUGGCCCAGCGGGAGGAGCAGCUGGCCGUCCACAGGGAGCGGCUGAGCCAGGUGCUGAGGGACCUGGAAGAGGAGAGGGCCCCCGUGGUGAAGCUGGGGGACGCCAGCAUCGCCGCCCCCUUCACCUCCAAACUCUCCUCCAUCCAGUGCAUCUGCCACGUGAUCAAGCAGGGCCGCUGCACGCUGGUGACCACGCUGCAGAUGUUCAAGAUCCUGGCCCUGAACGCGCUGGUGCUGGCCUACAGCCAGAGCGUGCUCUUCCUGCAGGGCGUCAAGUUCAGCGACCUGCAGGCCACGCUGCAGGGGCUGCUCCUGGCCGGCUGCUUCCUCUUCAUCUCCCGCUCCAAGCCCCUGAAGACUCUUUCCAAGGAGAGGCCUCUUCCCAACAUCUUCAACCUGUACACGGUGCUGACGGUGCUGCUGCAGUUCCUGGUGCAUUUCCUGAGCCUGGUGUUCCUCUACCGGGAAGCUCAGGCCCGCAGCGAGCCCAGGGAGGAGGAGUUUGUGGAUCUGAGCCGGGAGUUCGAGCCGUCGCUGGUGAACAGCACCGUGUACCUGCUGGCCAUGGCCAUGCAGACGGCCACCUUCGCCAUCAACUACAAGGGCCAGCCCUUCAUGGAGAGCCUGGCGCAGAACCGGGCGCUGCUCUGGGCGCUGCUGCUCUCGGCCUCGGCCGUGCUGGGGCUGCUCAGCGGCGCCUGCCCCGAGCUCAGCCUGGCCUUCGGCCUCGUCGAGAUCCCGCCCGAGUUCCGGCUGCUGAUCCUGGCGGUGCUGGCGGCCGAUUUCCUGCUGGCCUUUUCCGUGGAUCGGCUCCUGCAGCUGCUGCUGGGCAGCUCCCGCCUCCGAGUGCCUUCCUGAGCCCCGGGGCCUCCCCGAUCCCCCAGAACCCCAAAAUCAUGGAAUUCCCCACCCCUCGGGCAAGGCGGAUCCCGAAUUUUUAACGUUUCCCAGGAUGUCUCGGCAGCUUUCCAGAGUUCCCAGAAUUCCCCAGAGUUUCUUGGCAUUUCCCAGGAUUUUCCGAAAUUUCCCGAGAAUUUUUUUUUGGAAUUUGGCAAUGGAAAAAAAAAAAAAAAAUCCUGAUCAAGGCUUUUUUUUUUGGGUUUUUUUUGGAAAGAGUUUGGAAUUGUUUUAGCUGAGGGAAAAAAAAUGGGAAUGGUGGGAAGUAAAAAUAUGGAUUUAGGGGCUGGGGGAGGGGCUGUGGAUGCAAAAUUCUCAAAAACCGUGGAUGAAACCCAAAAACUGGGAAUUAAACAUAAAAAUUCAGGAAUUAAACCCAAACACUGAGGAUUAAACAAAAAA